UUGAGGAAUGCUAUUCGUGCUGGAAAAGCUUUUGCUGGCUUUUCGGAGUAUCCUGUCACCCACCCACCGUCUUACAAGUUCGUCCUUGGCGUACAAACGGAUAAUAAUAUGGGAUACGAUGCAAAACGUAAACCUGCUUGGACAGAUCGCAUCUUACAUAUGUCGAACCCUUUGAUACAAGUGAAGCAAUUGUCAUACGUUAGUCACCCUGAAAUCACCCUGAGUGACCAUAGGCCUGUCUCUGGCGAGUUUGAUAUUCAAAUCGACAACCUUGAUAACGAACAUUAUGGAAACGCAGUUUCUGACCUGUUUCAAGAAGUAGCAGGUUUUGAAGAGUCGGAGACGCCUCCCAGGUUAAAAUUAGAGGCGACCACUAUCUCUCUCGGGAAAGUUUCUAUAUGCGGCGCCUUCGCCGUGCAUUAAAGCUUGAAACGUCGGAAGCAUCCCCUGCGCGUAUCGAUUUGUGCCUGUUGAUGUGCACGUACCAAUCUGUCCACAGUGG